UGUUUUGUGGUGAGCUCAGCCACAGGAAAUACUGCGUCUGCCGGAACCAGGGCGCCUCGGUCCGCUGCCAUCACCGCAGAUGCUCCCGCACCUUCCACUUCCCCUGCGGAAGAGAACGCGGCUGCAUCUCCCAGUUCUUUGGGCAGUACAAGUGAGUGCAGGCACAUGCAGGGCUGCAGGAGAGAUGGGGCAGGAGCUGAGCGGGUGAAGCCGCUGCGACAGCGACACCCCCGGUGUGCCAUCUGCAUGGAGGCAGUGGAGGCACAUCCCUGCUACAGUAAGCUACUCAAGAAAUUCCCAAAUGAGAGAGAUGUUGAAGCAGGAACAGUAGAAGGGGCAGAAGUGGAUGUGCUCAUGCUGCUUGCUUGCUGAAUACCAAAUGAAAAGUUGAUUUUGUUUCACCACACUCCCACCCCAGUGGCCGUCGCCGAACUGCCGCGAGUCCAGCUUGUGCUGUGUUGAGCUCGGCGUCUUCGCCGACCUGCAAUGCUCCUGGAAGGUAGAGAUUGUUGAUUGUGGGGCACAACCUCUAUCUUCCAAAUCCGUUCACGCAUGUUGGCAGAGUGUGCAGCAGAAGCGCUGCAGGGCAGCUCAGCUGAUGCGGCACACAGGAGGAUAGCGUCGGUGCAGCCCCAGGCGGUCCUGGCCCAGCAGGCAGCCAAAGGAGCCAGCACCACCAGAGCUGCGCUGACAGCUUCGUGCAGGAGGGAAUCGGGAUCCUGCAGCUGCAUCCAGGGGUCAUUGGGUGGCACAGCACUGGGGCCGGGAGCCAAGGCCUGGGCAGCCAGCAAGCAGUGCUCGUGAAUGCAGAGCCUGUCCUGCCAGCACGCCUCUAUGGGUUCUGGAAGAGAACUUACCUGCAGAUUGGGAAGAAGAGGGAACCUUCCACAAAGUCUAUGAGAGGCACAGCUCCUGUAAGGCCAGCAUCUACCUGUGCCCAGUGGGACGGCACUUCUCACUGAACAGGGGAUGAGUGUGCCUUAGUGCCCCAGAACCCAAUCCCUCCACCACGGCGCAGGCCUGAGCGGGUGCCGUCCCCCCCAGAAAUGAACUAAAGUUUCUCAGAGUAGGAAGGUGAGUGCAGAGCAUUCCUGCAGUGGAUGUGCCUCUGCCACGUGCAGGAGUCACCCUGCUCACGUGCUUGGGGUGAUAAUGCCCUGCAGGGUGCAGGCUGUGUGUGGGUCAUGGGUCAUAGCCAGCAGUCCUUCAUGAAGGAGAUGAACCAUUUAAGAAACUUCAGUUCCUUUUUUGACAAGGUUACCCACCUAGUUGACCAAAGGAAAGCACUCACUGAUGUGAUGGGCCAGCAGACGGCUGAUGGGCCGGGCCCCAAGGCUUCUAAAGAUGGGGAUCCACCAGGCUGCCAGCCCGAAACUGGCAGGGUUCCCCAAGGCUCCGUUUUCUGGACAGCUGUCUCUCACUUCUUCAUCAGUGAUUUGGGUGUAGGGCUAAAGUUGUUCUGAGCAAGUUUGCUGGUGGUACUGAAAUCACCAGCCGGUGAGGAGAGAGGAGCUGCUAAUUGCAGAGGGAUCUUCACAGAUCUGAGAGCUGGGCAAUUGACGACCGCGUGAAGCUGAACCGGAGCGAGCGUGAGGUUCUGCGGCAGGGAAGGGGCAGCCCUGGGGUCUGUACAGCAGAUGAGAAGCAGCAGGGGAGGGGCGGCCACCAGUACAGUUAGUUCCAAAGCGGUGCCAUGAGGGCCGUGGUUCAGAGCGGCACAGCCGCGAGGCGGUGAUCGCACUGCACUGUGUUGUGGUUUUUCCAGCCUUCCUGAUUCUGUGACUCACGCACUGUCCUACGCUCACGCAGUCUCUCCCUGCCUCACGCACGCACGCUCACACGUCACUCACGCCGUUCCCUGCCCCCUUCCGCCCCGCACUACAGUUCCCAUCGCGCCCUGCGCCGCGCAUGCGCGUUUGCCGCCUCCGCCUGCGUCCGGGAAGUGGCGGCGCCGCCGGGACGCCGUACGGAAGCGGGGCCGCGCCGUGCCGCGAGCCGCUCCGUUGUGCGGCCGUGAGGACGGCGCCGCUGUUAUCUCCUGGGCCUCCCCGGGGCCUGCGGGCGGUGAGGUCUCCGGCUGCGCGGAGCCUGUCGGCUGUGGAGACGCGGCGGAGGAAGAGUCAAGGGACUGAUCCUGGAUGAAAAUGGAGUGAUCAGAUGCAGUGUCUGAAGGCAUGGACUCAGAUGUGGACAAUCCAAAUCGUUUGUUGCAGGUUCCCCAGAAGAUGGUGUAAAGCCAGCUGGCGCAGCUGCUGCCUGUGAUCUCCGUGUGCCCAGACCUCAGGGGAGACCAUGGCAGCAGCUCAGGGAGCUGGAAGCAGCUCAGCUGGGCCCCCCGGAGCCCCUGUCUCCAUCCCAGGACACAGCAGCUCCACAGCAGUGGCGGUGUGGGAAUGGCAGGACGAGUUUGGCCGGUGGCGGCCAUACCGAGGAGAUGUGUGCAGAUUCAUUGAGCAGGGUUUCCAGGCCUCUCAGCAGAAGGGACGGCGUUCAGGAUCAGGGCUUGUCAGCAGCAGCAUCUCUUUGGGACAUGCGGAUGCUAGCUUGGCCCCCUAUGUCAUCGACAUCCCAAGCCUGACACAGUUCCGGCAGGAUACAGGGACGAUGCGGGCAGUCCGCAGGCACCUCUUUCCCAGGGACUCAGCAGCCGAGCAGGGCAUCGUCUGGGAGUGGCAGAACGACGAACGUGGCUGGUUCCCCUACGAGAUGAACGUCUGCGUGUUCCUGGAGCAAGCCCACGCCUCCAGGCACCAGAGGGUGGACCUCGGCCCCUUAGGCUACAACUAUGAGGUCGACCUGGUGGCUCAAGUGCAGACCAACAAGACCACGAGGUUCUGCCGCAGCGUUCGGAGGCGGCUGGACAAUCCAUACCCUGUGACGGCCGCCCCAGCUCCCCUUCACACGGGGGCGGGUUGCUCGUGCCAGCAGUGCUGGCUGAACGGUGGGACUGGCCCCAUCACCACGCGGUUCCGGCACUCCGUGACAAACUUCCCCAAUUCCUCUGCUGCACCUCAGGUUUCUGGUAGGACGACGUCAGGGAGUUCUUCCGGCGUCGGCUUUGUGCCCUAUAACAAACCUGCUUUGUCUGGAGCGAGGUCGACACCGCGACUCAAUGCGCAGAGCAGCUGGGCUUUGCCCCAGGCUGGAGGUGCUGUGGGCCCCAGCACAGGACUGUCCACUUCUAAUGGAGUCAGUGCUCUAAAUCUUCCUGUCAAGAUGUCCAAGCCCAGCAAGCUGAACCAAGCCUUGGCAGGCAUGACGGCUAUUCUGAUGUCAGCCGCUGGACUCCCCGUGCACCUCACCUGUGUGCCGCAAGCUGCCAGCACCCAUAAAGCCACUAAAAAACACAGCUCAGUUAAGGAGGGGAGGAAAGUGUCCAAGAAAGGCUGGUGGAGGAGCCUGGCUGCCUCUGCGAUGGGCCUGAUGAUGGCAGCACCAACUGACCCAGAAGCAGUGGUGAAGAAGUACCUGGUGGAGGUGAAGGGCACUCCUGCAGAUGAGGACUGUAUCAUCUGCAUGGAGAAGCUGGCCUCUCCUUCAGGUUACAGCGACGCUUGUGAAUGCAGAACAAUCAAGGCAGAGAUGGUCGGUCGCCUGACGAACUGCCAGCACUCCUUCCACAUGCUCUGUGUGCUGGCCAUGUACUCCAAUGGAAACAAGGAUGGCAGCUUGCAGUGCCCCUCCUGUAAGACCAUCUAUGGAGAGAAAACUGGCACUCAGCCCAAAGGCAAAAUGGAGGUCUCCACUUUCCCUCAAUCCCUUCCUGGCCACAGGGACUGUGGGACGAUCCAGAUUGUGUACCACAUCAGCAGAGGCAUUCAGGGCCCUGAGCACCCCAACCCAGGGAUGCCUUACACAGCAAGGGGAUUUCCUCGCUAUUGCUACCUACCAGACAAUGAGAAAGGCAGAAAGGUCCUGGAGCUCCUGAAAGUGGCCUGGAACAGGCGCUUGAUUUUCACAGUGGGCACCUCCAGCACCACUGGUGAGAGCAACACGGUGGUAUGGAAUGAGAUCCACCACAAAACAGAGAUGGACACAAACCUGAGUGGCCACGGCUACCCUGACCCCAACUACCUGGACAAUGUGCUGGCAGAGCUGGCUGCCCAGGGCGUCACCGAGGACUGCCUCAGAAAAUGAGUGGUGUUGAGGGGCUCAGCUGGGCUGUGCACAUCUCUGUGGCCCCCUGCCCAGGGGCCCACCCAGUGCACUUAAUCGUGUUGCCUUAAGUUCCUGUGUCUAACCAUCUGUCACCCUAAGCAAUAAUUCUGUCAUGUGGGAGUGCUGUGUACUCUGUACAGUCUUUUGUUUUUUCCUGGAGGGAAGCUAUUUUUGUAGAAAACGUGACUGUAUGUCCAGGUAGGGUUGGUGUCUGCAGCUGGGAGAGUGGUGGUGAGGUGACAGGGCCCCUUGUGAAGGCAGGACCCCAGUCCUGGUGCUGUCUGAGGUGACAGGAGCGUCUCUUCCGUAAGAGCACUUUGGAAAGAGGAGGGCCUCCCUCCUUCUCAUUGCAGCUCCUUCUGAGCAAAGCCUCCUGCCCCUGUAGCAGAUACCUGUAUCUCUUGGUUGUAAUAAACACUUCAUUUCCAUGGAGAGCUGCUGCUUUGCCUUCAUCCUGCGUGGUGGCUCAGGAUUCCCCCUCUGAGGGACUGGUCUGCUCUGUGGAGCUGGUGUCACUUGAUCCAGCCAGGAGAAGGGAGGGGAAGCUCAGCUCUGCUGGAGGACCCCGGCUCUCUGCAGGGGCAGGAUGCCAUGUGCUGAGCCCGGGAGCUUGGCUUGCUGUUUCACCCCUGCCUCCCCCCUUCCUGGAAGCAGCAGCAGCAGUUGUGGAGCUGUGCUUGUCCCUGUGGACAGCUGCUGGGGUUUUGUGCCUGAUGCAGCUCUGUGCUGUUGGCAUGGGGUGGUGCUGCAGGGAGUGCUGGUGCCACCGGGUGGUGACAGGCCCUCUGCUUCCCUCAUCCCUCUUGCUGCUGUGAUGCUCCUCUCUAUGCAGCCUCCCUCUGUCAUGCCCAUACGAAAAUGAAAGGAUUUUUGGAGACGUUAAGGGCUGGGGGCUUGUACCCAGUGUCCUUUUUGUCCUUGCACCCUUUGCUUAACCCUCUAAGCAUCAGCUACCACCCUCUGCUACACACAGGCUUUUUGGAGAGAAUGCUUGCUGGCUUUGUUUGGGGAUGCUGCCAAAGCAGGGUGCUCUUUUGAGCUAGCUGUGGUUUGCAGGGCUUUGUGGAAAGAUGAUGUUGUUCUGCCCUGUUUGCCAAAGGGAGGUUUCUAGUUCACAGCUCAGCUUUCUAUCCCCUGCUGAUGUCCCAGGGAGCAAAGCAGAGGGCUGAAGUGAAAAUUCUCAACAUGAAGCAAGAAUUUCCUGCUGCAGGUAGUUGGAGCCAGCCCUUGAGUGAGCGCUCCUGUACGUCAGUCAGCUGCAGCCUCCCCACAUGGCGGCUGUGUGGGGCUGGGUGCUGCCUUGUCAGCCUGACUCACACGGUGUCACCCACUGAGCACUGAAGGCACGGCUCUGGAGCGUCCCCAACAGCAGCUGCUGCUGUGCCUGGGUUUCUCCAGCUCCUCCCUCCCAGCACAGGGAAACUGACUGCAGCUGUGCCUGGUUCUGCCCUCCCCAGCUGGUCUGUGUAAUCCAUGGAUGUCCAACCUGUUGGCUUGCCUGGGCUGUGUUGAGUGAAGAAAAAUUCCUCUGGGCCUCAUACGAAAUAUAUAAUUGAGUUAACGUAUGUAAGUAACAAAACUUAUUUUUGUAUAUAUAUAUAUAUUAAUUAAAAUGUAAAAAACCAGCGUCAAAACCAUGAAGUUAGCCGGCUGCCUG